AGCACACGCUCGUCACACACACAUUCACACACAGGCGCUUGAUGACAGACGGGGAGGGGGAAACGGAGAGAAGUGUAAGCCCCGGAUCCAUCUUCAAGACAGAAAACAGGGAAAGAGAGACCACGUCCCACUUUUAUUUCGUUUUUAGCGGCAUCUUUCCCACUCACAGGCGUCAGGGAGCCCGAGGAGGGGGCUGUGUCAUUGUCUGUAGGAUGUCCCGACAUGAAGGUGUGAGCUGUGAUGCAUGUUUAAAAGGGAACUUCAGAGGACGCCGAUACAAGUGUUUAAUUUGCUACGACUACGACCUUUGUGCAUCUUGCUAUGAAAGUGGAGCCACAACAACUAGACACACCACGGAGCACCCAAUGCAGUGCAUACUAACCAGGGUAGACUUUGACUUGUAUUAUGGGGGAGAGGCAUUCUCAGUAGAGCAACCUCAGUCAUUUACUUGUCCUUAUUGUGGUAAAAUGGGCUACACAGAAACAUCUCUACAGGAGCACGUCACCUCAGAGCACGCAGAAACCUCUACAGAGGUGAUUUGCCCAAUCUGUGCAGCUUUGCCUGGUGGCGACCCCAAUCAUGUGACAGAUGACUUUGCUGCUCAUCUCACACUUGAACACAGAGCACCUAGAGAUUUAGAUGAGAGCAGCGGCGUACGGCAUGUGCGCCGGAUGUUCCACCCCGGGCGGGGGCUGGGUGGUCCGCGGGCACGCAGGACUAACAUGCACUUUACCAGUAGCUCUACCGGUGGGCUCUCCUCUUCACAAAGCUCCUCCUACUCUCCAAGCAAUAGGGAAGCAAUGGACCCCAUAGCAGAGUUACUCUCUCAGCUGUCGGGUGUGAGGCGCUCUGCAGGAGGGCAGCUCAACUCUUCAGGCCCCUCUGCCUCGCAGCUGCAGCAACUGCAGAUGCAGCUUCAGCUUGAGCGUCAGCAGGCGCAGGCGGCACGUCAGCAGCUGGAGACGGCUCGCAAUGCCACGCGCCAGCGCAGUAACCCUAGCAACAUCAGCGCCAGCAUCCCGCCGCCCAACACCACCACAAACACAGCCAUGACUGAGAGCAACCCGCUGGCCUCACACAGCUCCCAGUUCCUUCUCACACGGUUGAACGAGCCGAAAAUGUCGGAGGCGGAACGGCAGGCGCUGGAGAGCGAGCGCGCCGAUCGCAGCCUGUUCGUACAGGAACUGCUGCUGUCCACGCUAAUGCGAGAGGAGAGCUCAUCCUCCGAUGAGGACGAAAGGCGAGACUUUGCUGACUUCGGUGCCAUGGGCUGCGUGGACAUCAUGCCUUUAGACGUGGCUCUGGAGAGCCUUAACCUGAAGGAGAGCUUCACAGGCAAAGAGCCUCCACCACCUCCUCUUUGAUGAUAUCAGACCACCACGCAGACAAUGUCCUCUGUGCUGUAACUGCCAAUGACGGUGGGCAAAAACACAGCUCUCUCUAACGUUUCUAUUUUUUUUCUUUUUUUUUUCUCGGUGAGUGUAAUUUCAGGUCUGUCACCUUUGUUACAUUGUAUAAAUCCAUAAAAGGAGAGCGUGAGGGAAAAAAUAAAUCAAGAUUCAUCAGAACAGGCGUGUGAGAGAGUGAGCAAGCAAGAGAGAGAGAGAAAAUAAGAAAUAUAAAUAUAUAAAUAAAUAUAUAUAAGGUGAUAAUCAAUUCCACAAUUUUUUCCUUUAGCAGGUGAGCGUAGGUAUCUGUGGCAGACUUCAGCUUCCUGUGUCUUGCAAAAAGGCUCUCCUUAUAAAUAAUCCACAUUCAAAAACUGAAGAGGAAACCAGAGACCUUCUCUAAUGAAGCUGCUGUGUGUAUUUAUGAAUAUUAAUGAAUAAAAAGUGCUUGGAUGGUUUACCAUAACUACUGCAUGAGGUUAUUUGCAGCGUGCAUGAUUUUUAAUGACUUUGUCAUUAGGAAGGCAAAAAUAUCCCAAAGCUUUCUUUUUAACUUUUGCGCUUUAAGGGUUACUUGAGCAGAAGUGGGUUUUCGAGUGAUUUAUCUAAAAUUUUAGUUUUUGUUUUGUCUUUUACAGAGAUCAAAAGCAAAAUUGUAAGAAAAACAAAAAUGCGCUUCUGUCACUCGACUCCAAUUUGCCCUUCCACUAUUGGAUGUUCGAACACAUGGUCUGCCCUGAUUGGCCGAGGCAAAUUAACUUAUUAAAGCAGUGGUUCUCAACUGAUCCGAGUCGCAGGUCUGUUCUGAUAGGGAGAAAAAAGUUGCUAAAUGCAAGCAAUAGACUGCAACUAACCAUAUAAUCAUGCAUAGUUAGGAUAGCAAAAUAAAUGGGCAUAGCAAAUCUAUUAAAAGGAGAAAACCCCACUUAACUUUUGUUAUUGCCUUCAAAAGAUGCGCAUACAAUCAAUGUAUUUUUUAUUUUAAUGCAAGCCAAAGCUAGGCAAAUUACAUCUGUGGAACACAAAGAUUGUAGGCAUUUUGUUUUCCUCAGUCACCAUUCACUUUCAUUGCAUAAUUUAUUUUUUUUCUCAAUACUGUGAAAGUGAAUGUUACCGAGUCUGCCUAACAUUUGUAUUUCUGUUUCACAGAAUGAAAUAGUCACGCUAUGGAACAAUGAUUAUGUUUCGGAGCCCCUUAGAGGACAGGAAGAAAAUGUAUUUUCUGAAAUACUUUUACAUUCCCUCCCAACAAGUUUUGAGUUACAUUGCAGUUCUUUUGGGUUCCGUUGCAAAACCUUUAACCAUUCCUUAUGGAAAAUGGUUUAACUACAGUAAAUAUAUUUUAACCAUGAUAUUCAUGGUUAAACCUAUUAAUUAUCAGUGAUGCAAACUACUAAACAUUCAGCUAAAGUAACCUUUUUUCUUUAGCUAAUUUGCCCAAAUAUUCUAUAAUUUGUUUAUUAAAAUCACUUGGAAGGGUUCCUUUAAGCUUAGGCAUGUAAAAAAAAAAGCUUGAAAUAAAAAUUAAAAAAGCUUUUACAAAUCAACAGUUGUACAUCUGGACAACUGCUAUGAAUCUCUCACACGUUUGCAUCCCUGAAUGAUAUAGGACAUUUUAUUACCAAAACUAUGGUAAUAAAAAUCAUUAUUCUGCCAAAAAAAAACAUGGUUAGUUUUACUAUAGUAAUACCAUUAUUAAUUUUCUUUCCUGCACUCCACCGCUAACUAAUCUCCAGCGCCACGGCAAAAUACGUUUUACCUGAGUUGUAAGUUUGCCAUUUGAUUGUGAUGAGAAAACAAGAGCGUGUACCGCAAAAUAAUGCCAAAGCACAUCUUUCUAUUGGGCUGUAUUCAUUGGUUGUGCUCGAAAACAAAAAUACAGCACAGUCCAAUUCAUGAACACAUUACUCUUAUGGUUCGGUUCUUUUGAUUAAUCCGUCCAAAUGACUCUUGAGCGGUUUCUGUUGUUACUGAAGAGCGACUCGUUAAGUCUCUACAAGCCCUAAGCAAGAACUGUUUUGUUUAGGCUACUUAAAGGUUUGUGAUACUAAAAUAGUCAUUGCACUUAUUUCUGUGACGAAGUGUAAAUAAAGAUACACAUUUACCUUUAAUAUAAAAUAACUUUAAACAUUAAAAUGUUACCAAAGUAGUGUGUAUAUGUGUAUUUUUUUCAUGGUACUUAACCUCCUGAGACCCAACCGUGACCGCUGUGUGCAUUUUCCAUUUCCCUUUUAGAUUUAUAAAAGAUAAAAAAAUAAAAAAUCCUUAUAGAAAUUUGUAUUCCUAAAAAUGUAUGGCAACAUAUGUGGACAGCAGGACUAAGUUGUAAAAUGUUAAAUAAUUCCAAGCUAUAGAAAUGUAUAUAUUUUCUUACUAAAUUUGUAUGUUUCCAGGAGUGUUGUGAUUUAAUAUUCUUGGGAUGUUACACACAUUACAUCAGAAAUUUUGCAUAAUUAAUUCAGAUUCAAAGUAAUGGCCAGCAUCAUCCAAUCACUGCCAACCAUAAUAAAUUAUAUUUAGCAUUAUUAAUUCUGGAUCUAUGUACUGAUUACCAUUGUCCCAUUUCUGCCAAACAUGUAGAGUCUUCAAACAUCAUCUGCAGCCUGAAAUUGAACUUUUGGUCGGACUAUAGGAGUGAACGCAGUUAGCUGCAUAGAGCUAUAGGAUGUCCCCUUGCUCAAUAUAUAUAUAGUGAAUGAAGUAACCUCCAGUGGUCUGUCUGCACUGGUCCCAGAACAGUUUGAAAUGCACCUCAUUUUCAUCCUAACUAUAUAACGUCUCUAAAAGCAGGUUUUUUCAUCUUUUAGAUGGGCCCACGAAUUCUCAAUGAGAUAACGCACAGUAAAUAAAGGAUUUCCUAGGAAAAAAUGCUUUGAAGUACACAAGCGUGUACAUUGUUUUAGCAGCAUUGCAUUUUGCAAUAAAUCGCUCCGAUUUGAAAAAUGGAUGAAAUUAGAGACUAAUCUUUUGACAAGAAAAAGAUUGAAUUAGGUUUCUUACCAGAUGUAGCUUUGUUGGCGUUUCUCCCAAAGACAAAUUCCGCUGUGGUCAGCGCCAUGUUGUUUUGUAAUGUGAAUGUCACUGUAAGCACAGAGUUUCCUAAACCGAGAUCAGUCUGUUUAAAUGAAUUUAAAUUAUGCGGUGCGUAUAGCGAAGCCAAAAUGCAACGUCCACACAUGUGAACGUGGGGUCGCAUGAACUUAACACAUAAAAGGUUUACAUGGUUGCUGUUGGCUUACUAUAGAGAAACCAUUGUUCAUUUUUGUUAGGGCAAUGUGUCUUUUUGGGAAACCAGUUUUAAAUUCCAUACUUUUACUAUAAAUUAUAGUAAAAAAAAAUUUUUUGGCAGAAUGAUUAUUACCACAGUUUCAGUUUUCCUAUAUUAUUGCUAAGGUUUUACUAUAAUAUCAUAGUUAAAAUAUGGUUACUGGAGUAAAAACAUAGUACAUUUUGUGGUUACUUGUGGUUUUAUAGUUAAGUAUUAGAAGUAUUGUAGUUCAACUACAGGUAAUGUAUUAAAACCAUGUUUAAUUUUGGUAAAGGUUGGGUAAGGGGAUUGUGAGGGAACCCAACAUAACUGAGGGAACACUAAACAAAAAAUAAUGACAGAAUUGUAAUUUUUGGGUAAACUAUUCAUUUUAAUAAGUGUCACGGGUUAAGUACUGUUUUGGGUUGCUGCUUGAUGUCCAUUCAGUGGCGUGUGCGUUUGGGAUUGGUUGUUUUUGCCUAUUACCCUCGUUUUGGCAUGCUGUACCUUUUCGUGUUGCCGUUGCGUGCCCCAGUGUGGCUGCCCACCUUGCCCUGCCUUUAGUUACGCCACUGUGUCCAAUAUAAAGGAAGCAAAACCAGUUGAUAAGCACUGCUUUAAAGAAUGUCUUGUUGCCUACGAGAAUAAAAACAAAGAAUAUACAGGUGUUGACUAAAAGAGAACCUGCUUUAUACCGUUUAACUAGACGUUGAUGUCUUAGUGUCUGUGUAACCACCAGAUAUACUCUCUAACUUACACACCUGUACAGACAAGUUAGGCUCUCCAUUGUCGUCUUGCUCUACUCUUCACAUAUCUGCUUUUAAUGCGCUCUUUUAUGCCAGCUUCCUCUCUCUUCAUCGGUAAAGGAGGGUGCAAGACUUGCCACGUUUGCAGGCUAUUUGUUUAACUCUUCAAAAGAGUGACAUGCUAAACUCUCUGCUAAUAGAGAGCACCUUCUAUUUAUUCAGGGUUUGUUUUUUAAUCUCUUUGUUUCUUUUAAGCCUUGUGAUUGAUCAUGCCACCUCCAUGCCUAUACUCUUAUCCUCUAUGUAAAAUACAAUGAGAUGUAUAUGGAAUUUGUGCGUUAACUUUCGUAAUGAAUCUAGGACAUGGGCAGACUUUCUUUUUUUUAAUGUAAGUUUAGAAUACUACAAUAAAAACAGCGCACAGCUUUUGAUGAAAACCAAACCCCAUCCUCUUACUCUCUGUGACUGUGGUCUGAAUACUAGUCACAUGUAUCUGUUUAGAAACUAUUCUACCCGUGUACCCCAAACCCUACUCCCUUUUCAGAUUAAGUAUUUAUUUGUAUACGCAGGGUUUCUGAAAAACAAAAAGUGUGCUUCUCAAAGGUGAAGUGGGUUAUUUCUAGUGUGCCAAGGCAAACAGAUUUACAAAAAUAACUAGAUUUUUGUCAAAUAAAUGUUAGUGGUAAAAAAAGGGCUUUUCAGUGUAUGCCCACUCCCAUGGUGUACUUUGAAUUAUGCAAUAAUUCUACUACUAAUAUAGUUUACAUUUCUGAAUAUUUAUCAAUACAAUUAAAAUGUAUUGUUCACAAUUAACAACUUGAAAUCAAUAGUUUGAUAAAUCUCCAUCGUUUUUUAUUCCAUUACGUAAUUCACCACAAUCUAUCACUUGAAAGAUGAAAAUAAGCGGCUUGUCAGUUGCGUGUCCACCACAGUCAAUAUCACAACGAACACAGCUAACAAUAGUGAAGCCCUUAAGCCUGAAGAUACCUGAUACCUUUUGUUUUUUACCUGCAAGCCAUUGGGCGCUUUGCGCAAACUAUGGAUUUGUCCAUGUGAAUCACAACUUGGUUUUGAGCAGCUGCCGCUGUCACUUUACCAGCUAUUGUUAGACCUCAAUCAUACCCUUGGGAUGCCUUUCAUGCCUUACAGUGGCCUGUCUACCAAAAUAAACUUUUGUGAGCAACAACAUACAUAAGGAAAUCAUUCAAAACCUCUUCAAUGUCAUUAAGAUACAGUGGAGACGAAUUAGAUUUUUUGCUGUAUUACGGUAGGAAUGUAUGAAUUUGCUGUUGGUCAGAAACCCCAAAUAUGCUAUCCACGCUACUCGUCCCAUUGACAGUGAGAACCACUUAAUCGCGACCACAAUGAGGUUACGCCAUGUGUGACUACCCUCCCUAGCAACCGGCCAAUUUGGUUGCUUAGGAGACCUGGCUGGAGUCACUCAGCACGAAUUCGAAACUCGCGACGCCAGGGAUGUAGUCAGCGUCAAUACUCAAUACCCCCGUCCCUCCUUUUCUUUGAAAAAAGCUAAAUUGUGGUUACAAUAAGGCACUUACAAUGGAAGUUAAUGGGGGCAAUUCAUUCAUGUUAAAAUGCUCACUGUUUCGAAUGCAUAGUCACAAGAAGUAAACGAUAUGCUUGUUAGGGCUGUCAAUCGAUUAAAACCUUUUAUCGAAUUAAUUGCAUGGAAUGCCGAUUGAUUAAUCCCAAUCGCAUUCAUAAAUAUUUAGUUCAUAUUUUAGUUAAAUAGUUCAAUAUAUAAUGAUUAAAUAAUUAUAAAUGGUUAUAUUUAAAUAAUUAUAACCUAAUAUAUAUAAAAAAUAAUAAUACAGAAUUAAAAUGCAUUACAUUAUUUAGGCAAAACAAGUUAAGCAUUUAAAGACAAUUGAAGUAAGUGGCUUUAGACUCCAAUAUAUUUUUUAUUUCCAUAUUAUUGAAAAUAAAGCUAUCAUUGGUCUACAGUUCACAGCAAUCCAUUUUGCAACUGAAUUCAUCAAUCAGUCCGAGAUUUAUUAUAAGGGCUUGUUUAAGGAUGUGUCAAUGUACACCUGCGUCAGACGGACACUUUUGGAGCGCCUCAGUUGCGUCGCAUAAUACUCCUCCCAUAUUUAGGUCCCUGAAGUUUGAAAUGUAUAAAAACACGUCUUGUGAUCCCUGUGAUCUGAUUUGCGCUCCAUCGAGCUGUUUGUAUGCAAGAACGUGUUCUCAUCUUGUGCUGUCUGCUGUCGGUGAGUGUGGUUUGUUCUCUGUUUAAGCUGUGUGUUGCCUAGACAGCUGGAGUUUUGUUUACUGCCCCCUGGAGAAAACAGGUGGUACUUCAAGCUUUAAUUGCUCAUAUGGAAGGAAUAUUCCUUAUUAUGGUCCGGGGACAUGAUUACUAGGGUUAAUUUUAUUUAACGUGUUAUUUGUUAUAUAACUAAUCGCACUGAAUUAACGUGUUAACAUGUUAUUAGUGUGAUCACUUACUAAACCUUUCUGUGUAAAGUUAUAUCCAAUUUUACAACUUCGUUGCCAUGAUGAUGUAACGUCAACAAACCCUAAAACGACGAUAAAAAAAUUAAGAUUUAAACGACUUUACAGUUCAAAUAAUACAUGAGUUUUAACAGAAGAAUGAAUGUAAGUGCUUUUAUAAAAUUAUAAGCUUCAUAUUUCCAUUUACACUCUCCAAAAAUUGGCCACCUUCACUUCCAUUGUAACUUAAAUGUUCGCUUUUUAUAAAGAAAAGGAGAGUCAAAAUUAUUGUUUGUGGUAAUCAACUUUAUGGCACAAAUGUUGUUGAUUGAGCUUAACUUGUAUUGAA